UCGCAGCGAUGUUUUUGGUCAACUCGUUCCUGAAGGGAGGCGGCGGUGGUGGCGGCGGUGGGGGCCUGGGUGGGGGCCUGGGGAAUGUACUCGGAGGCCUGAUCAGCGGGGCCGGUGGCGGUGGCGGCGGCGGUGGCGGUGGCGGCGGAGGAGGCAGUGGUGGUGGCGGUGGAACGGCCAUGCGUAUCCUGGGCGGGGUCAUUAGCGCCAUCAGUGAGGCGGCUGCGCAGUACAACCCGGAACCUCCCCCCCCACGCACCCAUUACUCCAAUAUUGAGGCCAAUGAGAGCGAGGAGGUUCGGCAGUUCCGAAGACUGUUUGCCCAGUUGGCUGGAGAUGACAUGGAGGUCAGCGCCACAGAACUCAUGAACAUUCUCAACAAAAUCGUGACCCGACAUCCCGAUCUGAAGACGGAUGGUUUUGGUAUUGACACGUGUCGGAGCAUGGUGGCUGUAAUGGAUAGUGACACCACAGGCAAGUUGGGCUUUGAGGAAUUCAAGUACCUGUGGAACAACAUCAAAAAGUGGCAGGCCAUAUACAAACAGUUUGAUGUUGACCGCUCAGGAACCAUCUGCAGUUCUGAACUCCCAGGAGCUUUUGAGGCAGCAGGCUUCCAUCUGAAUGAGCAUCUCUACAACAUGAUCAUUCGACGCUACUCGGAUGAGGGAGGGAACAUGGAUUUUGACAAUUUCAUCAGCUGCCUGGUCCGGCUGGACGCCAUGUUCCGUGCCUUCAAAUCACUUGACAAAGAUGGCACUGGUCAAAUCCAGGUGAACAUCCAGGAGUGGCUACAGCUGACGAUGUAUUCCUGA